UGAAAGUUGAGUCUACUGCGUACUGCGGUGUAUAUUAGUUGUCGUCUGGUUCUACUUGGGAGUCGUUGCAAUCUUAAAUUUUCCUCAUAAACAGACUUAAACUUUUAAAAUUUAUUUAAUUAACUCAAACAAAAUUUAUUGGAUUAUUAAUUUUAUAUUUACAUUAGAUAUUUAUUUUAAUGCUAUCGAUGCAUAAAGAUCUUAUGUAGAAUAUUUAUGUAAAAUCAUGUGAAAAAGAAAUGUUUUUUUAUUAACUUUUUAAGGUAAUUUUAGGUUUUAAUUAUACACCAAAACAUAUAUGGGAUGUAAUUCAAGUAAAAGCGGAUCAAAAGCUGUAAAAAAUAAAUCAAAUUUACUUCCAAUAAUGAAUUAUUCAUCAGUCAAUAAUUCCAAACAAUGUUUAAAGAAUCAACCUAACGUCACCAAAGGGUUGACUUCUUCUUUUGGUUUUAAAAAACCCGUUCAACAUAGCAAAGUUGUGCCAAUUACAUUUCCUGCUAAAAAUGUCUUAAAAGUUGAUAAAGAUACAAAAAUGCCAAAUUCUAAUCCAUCACCCAAUGAAAAAUGUUUGAGAAGUAACUUAAAAUCGAGUCUUUCGCCCAACAGGUUUGGCUUCUGUAAACCAGCUGUAAAACCAGUUCAACCUAUACAUGCUUUAACAAAAAAAGUUGAUAUAGAGCGAAGAAGUCAAUCUGAACCCCAAAAACGAGAAAUACCUAAAUUUAUUACUGGUGGUUCAAAAAUAGCUGUAUCUAAAGUUACUGCUAGCCAAUUACCAAAACCUCAAAUCCCUGUCAAGUACCAAUUUUCUAAAAGUCCAGAUAAAAAUGCUAAAACAGCUGCUAAUUUACGUUUGAAAAAUGAAGCAAUAAAAAAAAUGCAACAAGGAAUAACUGUCCGAAAAUUAAGUGAUUCCAUUGAAUUCACAGAAGUAAUUGCUAUUAAUAGGCCUUCAAGACUUACUUUAAAUUCGAAUGCAAAAGGACCUUUAAUAAGGGAAAGAGCCAAUAAAUAUUUGAGGCAAGUAUCUAGUUCCUCUUCUAAACAUUUGACGUCAUCUGAUGAUGAUUCAGAUUUAAGCAGUUAUGAAGAGAAACAUGACAAGGAGGAAUUUGUUAAGGAAAAGACUGAAAUAGCUGAACGGAUUGAAACAAUUUGUAGUGAUGAAGAAUAUGGACCAGGUGAAGCAUUAGCAGUAGAAGAAUUUACUGAGAUGAAAGAUAAAAUGAAUGUUGUUGAUAAUAAAUUCGCCAAUGUAGAUAUGUCAGUAUCAUUAAGAGAUGUUUUAUUAAAUAUUGAGGAUACUACGUUUGCAACAUUAGCAGCUAUGUCUUCCAGUAUGCGUAUUGAAGAUGAAACAUCCCCUGAUGAUGAAUGUUUAAGUCCUACAGAAUCAGAAUCUGCUGAUUUUCUUCAAAGUAAAACAGAAUCUGUUAAUAACGAUAAAUACCAAAGAAACAUAUCUCCAGCGAGAUGUAAUAUUUCUAAAUCGGAAUCAUUUUCUUCGGAUACAAGAGAUUUUUUUGACGAUGAGAUAGCUGAUCAACCGGCUCUCAUGUUCAGCGGUCCACCAUCAGAGUCAUGCAACGGUGAUGAUAUCGACGAGAUGAUUUUCCGAAUAGGCAAUCACAAUAAUAUGAAUACCAGCAGAUCCGGCAACAAAUCCCUUAGACGGUCACAGAGCGCUGACGGUUCUUUAAGCGAUAGUCUUAAUUCAGACGACUUGAUGAUGGAUUUCGAACCGACUGAUGACAGGAAGGGAGGCCAAGAUGACGUCACUGAAAAAGAUCCUCUGGAGACGUUGGAAAAUCAAAAACAAAGCGCGUUCGAUGAAUGGACCAAUCUCACUUCAAAGAGGAGUAGUAGUGCUUCAUUAAAAGACGAAGUAAAUUCAGUAAAAGAUACUAUCAAUUCUAAUUCUAAAUGGAUGAUUUUAGGAAAUCAGUCAUGGGGAGGUGAUAAUGAGUUUCAAUCGAUUUCAAGAAGUGACGGACGAGAUCGCCAGUAUCAAAAAUAUGCUAUACGAACUGAACAGAGUUCUUACAGAGGAAAAACAAGACUUGACUUACCCAGAGGAACAGGAAAAGAACUGUCACGAGGAUCAAAUUCUGGAUUUGAAACAACAGAUAGUUUAUAUGGCUCAACAGAUAGAAAAAAAGGAUCGCACCAUUCAGAUGCUCAACGAACAAUUAGCUCAAAAACCACCACCAACACCAAAAUCGAUAGAAACACGAAAUUCUGCGACUCAAACAGAACGAUGUCGAUCGACCACAGCUCCAACGUUAUGCACCUUCGAUAGAGAUGGUCUAACAAAUGGUCGUCCUGUAAUCAGUUUUGCUCUGGGACAGGUGCAGUGACACAGUUGAAAGGUCGAAAUCAGUGUCGGGUAGUCGCAUUCGCAUAGGUAUGUUGAAACACAAAUUCCUCAUGGACGCAGGACGAACCCUACCCAACGUUUGAUUAGUCUACAUGUUCCUUCCAACCAGUAUUAAAUAAUAACCCAAACAUUCCAGUUUGAAGUUCCACAUUUAUCUGUAGAAAUAUUACAUACAAUUUUUAAUAAAUAAUCAUAAAUUUGUGUUAAGGGAUAAGUUUUGUUCGUGUAGUUUACACGGUAAUUAAUUUUUAUUUUAAAUUAUAAAAUUUAUACUAUUUUACAUUUAAUUGUUUUGUAAACCUCAUAUUCGGGGUGUUUCUUUCAUUUAUUGUGUAAGUUUUUGUCUUUUUUCCACUUUACCAAAAUCAAACUAGUCAAUAUUUGUUUUGUUUAUAUAUGUAUAUUUUGUUUGUGUUUCUAACAAAAAAAUUCAUGCUAUCUUUAGCAGGAAAUUAUUAUUCUUAUUUAUUCGUUAUAGGACAUUAACACUUCCAUAAGUGUAUAACAAUUACUAUGAUGCACAUUAAAAUCAUUUUAUUUCAUAUUGUGUAUUUCCAUAAUAAAUGUUAGUAUGAUUGUCAUAAUA